CAGUCAGCCCAUUAGAAGAAUGAACACACGCACAGAAACAUUCAUAAGAGCGAAGGGGAUUUUCUGAUCUGGUGUGAUGAAUUACUCCAAUUCAACCAACGUGCCAAAGUCCAGUCUAAAGCUCUUCAAAAUAACUGUGAUCAUCCUUCUGCUCUUUUUCGGCAUUGUGUGCAACGGCCUGGCCCUAUGGGUUUUCUGUUGCAAGAUGAAGAAAUGGAAAGUCACUGUUAUAUAUAUGGUCAACCUUAUCAUAUCAGAUAUUCUAAUCCUAAUGACCUUUCCUUUUCAACUAUAUGACUACUUCUCAACUUCAAAAUUGGAAAAUAACCUGUGCAAAGCAUCCAUUUCCUUUUAUGUAAUGAACACAUACAUGAGCAUCUUCACAAUCACUAUUAUAUCUGCCGAUCGCUAUCUGGCAAUCAGGUUUCCUGUGAGGUCCAAGCGUUGGAGGUCUCCUGGGAAGGCAGUUGGUAUAUGCUGCAUAGUGUGGCUGUUCCAAAUUUCUUUAUCUAUCAUGUUGACAUUGCGCUUAGAUUACAUUAUCCCCGUCUGCUUUCAAAAGGUUAGCAACACCCCCAAUCCAAUGUUUCUACUUUUUGCUGUUGUUGGGUUUACAGUCCCAUUGAUCAUUAUAAGUUUCUGUACUGUACAAGUGAUUAGAACCCUCUAUAGUAAAGAAAAGAGAGAUGUCAAUGAACAAAGGUCAGUCAGGAAAUCCAUUAACAUUAUCCUUUCCAACAUGGUGGUGUUUGUUAUAUGCUUCUUGCCAAUCCACAUGGGAUAUACAAUUCGCUUUGUGGCGGAAACUGUCAAAGUCACAGACCAGACCCUAGAACAAAUAAAACGCUUCAUUGAUGUAGCCAUAUCGAUGGCUCAUUCAAACUGUGUUCUGGACUCGCUGUGCUAUUAUUUUGUAGCAGGCGAAUUUUGGAAGGCUUCGGAUCUGUCACCAAGGAUUAUAUACUCAAAUAUAAAAAAGAAAAGUCUUGUAACGGAUUAGCUUCCAACUGUAGUAAUAUAUGCAGACCUAUGUAUAUAUGAAUGGCAUAGAAACAGUAUAAUAAUGGAGAUGUUUUUUGGCUGAUGAGAAAGGGAAGCAGAGGAGAAGAGGAAGGGAAUCAGAGGGAGAGAGAAAAAGAAGGAUUGGGAAGAAGAAGAGGGAG